CACCCAUCUCUUUCCCCCCCCCAAUCAUCAAUCUCUUUCUUUCAUCUCAUCUCUUUUCUUUUCAGUACAACCACAAUCAUCAUUCACGGUUUUUUCCUUCCGACAAUCUAUUAAAUUGAAUUUUGUUUGAAUUGCGCAUGGUGGUUGUGAGAGUGUAAUCGUCUCAUUCGCUUUCUUCUCUUUUAUCUAUCUAUUUCAAUCCCCCUUCUUCCCUCCCAUCUCAUCCAUCCAUCUGUCGCAACUUGCUUGCUUACAUACUUUACCUUACUAUUACUGUCGUCUACUACGAUACACACCUACCUACCUACCUAACAUCGCAUAUCGCAAUCCAGAUCAAAAUGGCAACCGACUACAGCAAGAAGACCAACGCCGAAUUGAUCGAGAUCCUCAAGUCGCGCAAUCUCCCCCACACGGGCAAGAAGGCUGAGAUGGUCGCUCGGCUCCAGGAGAACGAUAACAGCGCUGCUGACAAGUCGGAGGAGAAGCCUGCUGCUGCUGCUGCUGCUGCUACGAAGGGUGACAACAACACCGAUGAUGUGAUUGACUGGGAAGACGAUGAGGUCCCUGCUGGUGAGGCGGCUGCUACAGCGUCGACUGCGACGGGCGCCGCGGCAAUCGCGGCCGGUGGACAAGGCGAGGUAGAGAACCCCGUCAAGGUGCCGAAUCAGAAGUUGGAUGAGGAGGCGGAUCCCGCGACGGCGAAGGAUUUGAAGGUCGAACAACCUGGUGAUGCUGCGCAGCAGCAGGAGGAGAAGAAGGAAGAGGAGGGUGCUGGUGCUGGUGCUACGGGGAAGGAGGGAGAGGAGGAGAAGAAGCCGGCAGUUACUUACUCCGCUGGGUUGCCCAUUACGGAGAUGGAGGAGGAAUUGAAGAAGAGGAAGGCUCGCGCGGAGAAGUUCGGUGUUACGGAGGAGUCCAAGGCUGCGAUUGAAGCGGCGGAGAAGCAGCUGGAGCGGGCGAAGCGGUUCGGUACUGCGGCUCCGGCUCCUGGGGAAGUCGGUGUGAAGAAGCUGGAUGAGGCGUUGCCGGAGAAGGAGGAGAAGUCGCGCAAGAGAGGUCGCGGUGAUGAGCAGAGCGGCGGCGGCGGUGGUCGCGGUGGAAAGAAGAGGGAUCUCGGAGGGAGGAACAGGUUCCGCGGCAGAGGAGGACACGGUGGGAACCGUAACCAGGGUCAAGGUCGCCCUCAGAAGCAACAGAAUGGCGGUGGUGCUACUGCUGCUGCUGGGGCCAAGACCAACUGGAGUCAAAAGGACGUCGCGGCCCUGGAAGCUCGGAAGAAGAGGUUCGGAGCUGCUGCGUAGACCCAGAGGGUCGCAAUGUGAUAUUCCGGUUCAUAUUCUGCUAUCUCUUCUUUCUUCUUUCUUUACAGGUUACUGGCGUUUUAGGGGAAAUUCAAGCUUUGGUCUGAAAAUAUGCUGUUGUGUACAUGUUGCGAACUGGAGUCGCGGUUGACGGUGUGAGGGAUAUUGUGAUAAAAUGGCCUGGGUGCCACAAAGAAGUGCCGGACCUGGUCGAUCGGGUCGGCCAUUGUGUAACUGGCAAAUACGAUUCGGUCAUUGGAUCUGACGGUGUCACAAGAAGUCAGGGCCAUUAAGGAGAUCCCGGUAGGCAUUGUUGGAUAUUGCCCGGAGAUUUCCCCUGGAUGUGGUCAAAGAUCCGUGCAGGGUGACAUGCAUCCAUCCAAUCCGCCCUUGUGUUGCUUUCUUUUUCUUACCCUUCUUCAGUCAUUGUUCUCCCCAUCAAACAUCACUCACCAUUGACGAAGAAACGAGGCGAAUAAUAUAAAA